AUGGUGUCUAGAAACAUGAAAAUAUGUUUGAGUGCAUCUGCAAUGGUUCUCAUUGUUGUCGCAGCCAUAACUGUAGCCUUGAUUUUUACAAUUUUCAAACUGAGAGAUCCAAAUAUUAUUGUCCAACUUUCACGUUACGAUUUCCUUGAUAACUUAUCUCCAAAUAUAACUAUACCCGUUUUGGUUAUAAUAAAGAAUUCAAAUUAUGGGAAAUUCAAAUAUAUAGAUUCCUUUAGCUAUAUCACUUAUAGAGAUACUCUUGUAGGUACUGUUCCAGUUCCUUCAAAACUUGUUCCAGCACGUGGUGGAAUUAAUGUCACCACUCAUGCAAAUUUCAUGGUUGGUGAAUUGAUACGCAACCCUAAUUUUUUUCUUGAUAUUCAAAAUGGGAAUAAAUUUUCAUUGAUGUCAAAAGCUGAACUUCCUGGUAAAGUGAUUCUUCUCAGUUUUAUCAAAAUGAAGGCUAUGGCUACUAACCAAUGUGAUAUCUCAGUUAAUAUUUCCUCCAAUGAUGUUGUUAGCAAUUGCACUUCUCAUAUCAUGAUUUAUCAUUAG